ACUUUCAGGCAGCCUCAGGGGGCCCCCGCUGCCCCCGACCUCUCCUAGACACUUCCUGGGGUCGAUUGGAACCCUUUUUUGGGAGAAAAGCAGCUUUUCAGAGCUUAUUUUUCGAGCCAGCUUGGAAAGAAGCGGCCGUGCUGAGCGCCCAGGUCGUUGUUUUUCCAGCUUAGAAGCCAUGGCGCACCUCCAUUUUUGUACGCUCUUCUAAUGAGGUUUUUUUCUCUUCCGGACCCGUUUUAGCAUUAAUUGUUGCUUGAUUUUUAGGGCCUCGGACCACACUCGAGGAGCCUUUUAAUUUAUUUUGUUGUUUUUUUCUGGCUUUUUCUCGGAGAAAUUGGUUUUUAUUUUGGAUCGUUUGGGAGCUGUUUUUUUUUUCCCUGCUUAGCUGGGACUCUGGCUUUGGACCUACCUACUACAUGGAUCAGUAAAUACCUGGGCACGGGACUUCAAAGCAAACACAGAUUCCCCUCCCCCUUAAUAUUUAAGAAUUAAAUGAUGAUGAGAAAUAAGGACAAAAGCCAAGAGGAAGACAGUUCGCUCCACAGCAAUGCUUCGAGCCACUCGGCCUCAGAGGAGGCAUCGGGCUCAGAUUCGGGGAGCCCCUCGGAGAGCGAGGCGGGCAGCGAUGCAGCCAGUGGCCACUGCAGCGACUCCAACAGCAGCUCCGAGUCUUCCGAGAGUCCGUCGGAAUCUGAGAGUGAGUCUGCGGGCUCCAAGUCGCAGCCGGCUCUCCCCGAAGCCAAAGAGAAGCCCACCUCGAAGAAGGAGCGGAUCGCCGAUGUGAAGAAGAUGUGGGAAGAGUAUCCUGACGUGUACGGGGUCCGGCGGUCCAACCGAAGCCGACAAGAGCCGUCACGAUUUAACAUUAAGGAGGAGGCGAGUAGCGGGUCCGACAGUGGGAGUCCCAAAGGAAGAGGCCAGAGGCAGCUGAAAAAACAAGAGAAGUGGAAGCAGGAGCCGUCAGAAGACGAGCAGGACGCAGGUUCCAGCGCUGAGAGUGAGCCCGAGCAGAAGAAAGUGAAGGCCCGUAGGCCUGUCCCCCGAAGACCAGUGCCCAAGUCCCGUGUGAAAAAGCCAGCAAAGACCCAGCGUGGGAAGAAAAAAAAACCAGAGUCUUCCGACGAGGAUGAUGAAGAUGACGAGACUCCCAAGAGGCAGACUCGCCGGAGGGCCGCGAAAAAUGUCAGUUACAAGGAAGACGAUGACUUUGAGACCGACUCGGACGACCUCAUUGAAAUGACUGGGGAAGGUGUUGAUGAACACCAGGAUAAUAGUGAAACCAUCGAGAAGGUCCUGGAUGCCAGGAUCGGAAGGAAAGGAGCCACCGGCGCCUCGACCACUGUGUACGCGAUGGAAGCCCGAGGCGAGCCUAGCACUGACUGCGACACGGUCGUGGAGGAGGGCGAAAUGCAGUUCCUCGUCAAGUGGAAGGGUUGGUCUUAUAUCCAUAGCACGUGGGAGAGUGAAGAAACCUUACAGCAGCAGAAAGUGAAGGGCCUUAAAAAACUAGAGAACUUCAAGAAGAAAGAGGAUGAAAUCAAGCAAUGGUUAGGGAAAGUGUCUCCUGAAGAUGUGGAAUAUUUCAAUUGCCAACAAGAGCUGGCUUCCGAGUUGAACAAGCAGUAUCAGAUAGUAGAGAGAGUCAUAGCUAUGAAGACGGGUAAAUCCACUCUGGGACAGACGGAUUUUCCAGCUCACAGCCGGAAGCCAUCGCCGUCCAACGAGCCCGAGUACCUCUGCAAGUGGAUGGGACUCCCUUACUCCGAGUGCAGCUGGGAGGACCAGGCUCUGAUCGGGCGUAAAUUCCGGAGCUGCAUCGACGGGUUCCACAGCCGCAACAACUCCAAGACCAUCCCUACCCGUGAGUGUAAGGCCCUGAAGCAGAGACCCCGGUUUGUGGCCCUGAAGAAGCAGCCGGCGUAUCUGGGUGGUGAGAGCCUGGAGCUCCGGGACUACCAGCUCGAAGGCCUCAACUGGCUGGCGCAUUCCUGGUGCAAAAGCAACAGCGUGAUCCUGGCUGAUGAAAUGGGGCUGGGCAAGACCAUCCAGACCAUCUCCUUCCUGUCCUACCUGUUCCACCAGCACCAGCUCUAUGGCCCCUUCCUUGUAGUCGUGCCCCUGUCCACCCUCACCUCCUGGCAGAGGGAGUUUGAGAUCUGGGCCCCGGAGAUCAAUGUCGUGGUUUACAUAGGCGACCUGAUGAGCAGAAAUACGAUACGAGAAUAUGAGUGGAUUCACGCUCAGACCAAGAGACUUAAGUUCAACGUCCUCAUCACCACCUACGAGAUCCUCUUGAAAGAUAAGACUGUGCUGGGCAGUAUUAACUGGGCCUUCCUGGGAGUGGACGAAGCACACCGGCUGAAGAAUGAUGAUUCUCUGUUGUAUAAGACGCUGAUCGACUUUAAGUCCAACCACAGGCUUCUGAUCACGGGGACCCCCCUUCAGAACUCCCUCAAGGAACUCUGGUCACUGCUGCACUUUAUUAUGCCCGAAAAGUUCGAGUUUUGGGAGGACUUCGAAGAAGACCAUGGGAAAGGGCGAGAGAAUGGUUAUCAGAGUCUCCACAAGGUGCUUGAACCCUUCCUCCUGCGGCGAGUGAAGAAGGACGUGGAGAAAUCCCUGCCCGCCAAGGUGGAGCAGAUCCUGCGGGUGGAGAUGUCAGCUCUGCAGAAGCAAUAUUACAAGUGGAUCCUGACCAGAAACUACAAGGCCCUUGCCAAGGGGACGCGCGGCAGCACCUCUGGGUUCCUGAACAUUGUGAUGGAGCUGAAGAAAUGCUGUAAUCACUGCUACCUGAUCCGAGCCCCUGAAGACAGUGACCGUGAGAGUGGGCCCGAGGCGCUCUCGUCCCUCAUCAGGAGCAGCGGGAAGCUGAUUCUCUUGGACAAGCUGCUGACCAGGCUCCGAGAAAGGGGCAACCGCGUCCUCAUCUUCUCCCAGAUGGUGCGGAUGCUAGACAUCCUGGCCGAGUACCUGACCAUCAAGCACUACCCCUUCCAGCGCCUGGACGGUUCUAUCAAGGGUGAGAUCCGGAAACAGGCUUUGGAUCACUUCAAUGCUGACGGCUCAGAGGAUUUCUGCUUCCUGCUCUCCACAAGGGCUGGCGGUCUGGGCAUCAACCUGGCUUCGGCAGACACGGUGAUCAUCUUCGACUCAGACUGGAACCCCCAAAAUGACCUGCAGGCACAAGCCCGUGCCCACAGAAUCGGCCAGAAGAAGCAGGUGAAUAUCUACCGCCUGGUCACCAAGGGCACUGUGGAGGAGGAGAUCAUCGAGCGGGCCAAGAAGAAGAUGGUGCUGGACCACCUGGUCAUCCAGCGCAUGGACACCACAGGCCGGACAGUUCUGGAAAACAACUCGGGGAGAUCCAACUCAAACCCGUUCAAUAAAGAAGAGCUGACGGCGAUUCUGAAAUUCGGAGCGGAGGAUCUCUUCAAAGAACUGGAGGGCGAGGAGUCGGAGCCGCAGGAAAUGGACAUUGAUGAGAUUCUGCGCUUGGCCGAGACCAGAGAGAACGAGGUUUCAACCAGUGCUACAGAUGAGCUUUUGUCGCAGUUCAAGGUGGCCAACUUCGCCACGAUGGAGGACGAGGAGGAGCUGGAGGAGCGCCCUCACAAGGACUGGGACGAGAUCAUCCCCGAGGAGCAGCGGAAGAAGGUGGAGGAGGAGGAGCGGCAGAAGGAGCUGGAGGAGAUCUACAUGCUGCCGCGCAUCCGCAGCUCCACCAAAAAGGCUCAGACCAACGACAGCGACUCAGACACAGAGUCUAAGAGGCAGGCACAGAGGUCAUCAGCCUCAGAGAGCGAGACCGACGACUCGGAUGACGACAAGAAGCCCAAGCGCAGGGGCCGCCCUCGCAGCGUGCGCAAGGACCUGGUGGAGGGAUUCACGGAUGCCGAGAUCCGAAGGUUCAUCAAGGCGUAUAAGAAGUUCGGUCUCCCCCUGGAACGGCUGGAGUGCAUCGCCCGCGACGCUGAGCUGGUGGACAAGUCCGUGGCCGACCUUAAGCGGCUUGGGGAGCUGGUGCACAAUAGUUGCGUGGCAGCCAUGCAGGAGUACGAAGAGCAGCUGAAGGAGAACACGAGCGAGGGGAAAGGGCCAGGCAAGAAGAGAGGCCCCACGAUCAAGAUCUCAGGGGUGCAGGUUAAUGUGAAGUCCAUCCUACAGCACGAGGAGGAGUUCGAGAUGCUGCACAAGUCAAUCCCCACAGACCCUGAAGAGAAGAAGAGGUACUGCCUGAGCUGCCGGGUCAAGGCUGCGCAUUUCGAUGUGGACUGGGGCGUGGAAGACGACUCGCGCCUGCUGUUGGGGAUCUAUGAGCAUGGCUACGGCAACUGGGAACUCAUCAAGAGUGACCCCGAGCUCAGGCUCACUGACAAGAUCCUGCCCGAAGAGUCAGACAAGAAGCCGCAGGGCAAGCAGCUGCAGACGCGUGCCGACUACCUGCUAAAGUUGCUGCGCAAGGGUCUGGAGAAGCAAGGGGCGCCCGGUGGGGAUGAGGUGCAGCUCAAGAAGAGGAAGCCUCGGGUGAAGAAAGAAAACAAGGCACCCCGGCCGAAGGAGGAGGGGGGCGAACAGCCCUCCCCCAGACACUCGGACAACCCUUCGGAAGAGGGCGAGGUCAAGGAUGACGGCCUAGAGAAGAGCCCCAUCAAGAAGAAGCAAAAGAAGAAAGAGAACAAGGAAAACAAGGAGAAGCAGCUGAGUUCGAGAAAGAACAAGGAAGGGGAAAAGGAGAGGAAGAAGGCGAGAGAGAAGAAAGAGAAGCCCAAAGGUGGAGAUGCCAAACCCGCCAGCAGGUCUAGCCGCGCCCAGGGGCCUGUCCACAUCACCGCGGGCAGCGAGCCUGUCCCCAUUGGGGAAGAUGAGGAUGACGACCUGGACCAGGAAACCUUCAGCAUUUGCAAGGAGCGGAUGCGGCCGGUGAAGAAGGCCCUGAAGCAGCUGGACAAGCCCGACCGUGGCCUGAGCGUGCAAGAGCAGCUGGAGCACACCCGCAGCUGCUUGCUCAAGAUCGGGGACCGCAUCGCUGAGUGCCUCAAGGCCUACUCGGACCCGGAGCAUGUGAAGCUGUGGCGGAGGAACCUGUGGAUUUUUGUCUCCAAGUUCACGGAGUUUGAUGCUCGGAAACUGCACAAGUUGUACAAGAUGGCGCAUAAGAAAAGAUCCCAGGAGGAGGAGGAGCAGAAGAAGAAAGACGACCUGCUUGGAGGCAAGAAACCAUUUCGGCCUGAAGCGUCUGGCUCCAGCCGGGACUCGCUGAUGUCUCAGCCCCACACCCCACACAACUUGCACCCCCAGAAGCCCCACCUGCCCCCUGCCCAUGGCCCGCAGCCGCACGGACACCCUCGUGAUAACUACAACCACCCCAACAAACGGCACUUCAGCAACUCAGAUCGGGGUGACUGGCAACGUGAGCGGAAGUUUGGCUAUGGUGGUGGUGGUGGCGGUGGCGGCGGCGGGAACCCCCCAUGGGGCAGUGAGCGGUACCACCAGUAUGAGCAGCACUGGUACAAGGAGCGACACUAUGGAGAUCACCGGCACCCCGACUCCCACCGCUCUGGCUACCGGCCCAGCAGCCUGUCCCGCAAGAGGCCCUACGAGCAGUACAGUAGUGACCGCGACCACCGGGGACACCGGGACUACUAUGACAGGCACCAUCAUGACUCCAAGCGGAGAAGAUCAGACGAGUUCCGGCCCCAGAAUUACCACCAGCAGGAUUUCCGGCGCUUGUCUGACCACCGGGCUCCUAUGGGCUACCACGGCCAGGGCCCCUCGGACCAUUACCGUUCCUUCCACACAGACAAACUGGGGGGCUACAAGCAGCCCUUGCCCCCGCUCCACCCCGCCGUGUCUGACCCCCGCUCCCCGCCCUCGCAGAAGUCACCCCACGAAUCUAAGUCCCCCCUGGACCACAGGCCUCCCCUGGAGCGGUCCCUGGAGCAGAAGAACAACCCGGAUUAUAACUGGAACGCCCGGAAAACUUAAAGGGGGGCGACAAGGGCGGGGCCAGUGAGACUCAGCCGCCUGCGCUGGGGAGUUUUGGUCCGAUCCAAGGGGCCCGUGGUCACUGGA